CAAUCCGCUAUCUGUACAGAGUAGACCUCCUUUAUUUCCGAUAGCUGCACUUCGAUCCCCAUCCUCACUCCGUUGCAUUACUCUACUUUCAAAAGAAAUAAACCAGAUUCUUCUGGAUCGCCCAAUUGACGCCGAAUCUUGCCCAUCCUCCGCACAGAUCAAGCGCUUCACCCUCCACACGAUACACACCUAGACGCCCACCACCAACAUCACCAUGGCCGACGUAAAGACCGCCUCCGACCCUCCACCCGAAUACACAAAGGCCACCGAGCACCUCACCCGGCCACGAGCACCCUCCGCCGCAGCCGGCGGUCCCGGCGGCCCACGAGGGCCGCUGCCCCUCAACCUCCCCGUCCUCUCCUACCUCAAAACCAAGCGCGUGAUCCUCGCCUCCGCCUCCCCGCGGCGGCGCGCCCUCCUCGCCCAGAUCGGCCUCAAGGACCUCGAAAUCACACCCUCGACGAAGCCCGAGGACCUCGAUAAGUCCGCCUACGGGCCCUAUGAGUACGUCUCCGCCACGGCCCGCCAAAAGUGCCUCGACGUCUACGAGACGGCCCUGCAGACGCACCUCGCCUCCAUCCCGGACCCGGACCUCGUCAUCGCCGCUGACACCGUCAUCGUCACCCGCGACGGCCGCGUCCUCGAGAAGCCGAGGAGCGAGGCCGAACACAUCAAGAUGCUGCGCCACCUGCGGGAUACCCGCGUGCACAGGGUGCUGACGGCCGUGUGCGUCGUCGCACCGAGGGAGGACGCCAGGUCGCCGGGCUAUGAGAUCUGCCAACACACGGAGGAGACCAAAGUCUACUUUGCGCAGGAGGCCAACGGCCUGCCGGACGACGUCAUCGAGGCGUACGUCAAGACGAGGGAGGGCGCGGAUAAGGCGGGCGGGUACGCCGUGCAGGGCAUGGGCGGCAUGUUGCUCGUCGAGAAGAUUGAGGGCAGCUUCGAUAACGUGGUUGGCUUGCCGGUGCGGCAAACGCUGGCGCUGGCGGAGAAGGCCAUCUUCAAGCAGGAUGAGGAGGAGGUUGCAGAGGAUGAAGAAGAGGAUUUGAUGUGAGAGGUUUGCCCAAAAAGAAAAUAGAGAUGGAAUAGGAAGACCUGCUACAUACCCCCAGCCGCCUCCUCAAUACGAGGAGGAAACACAUUUAGAGAGGGC